CAUCGUAGGGAGUCGGCACGCGCGCGCUUUAGGAUGGCAGCCCGGACACUCCUCGUACUGGCCGCGGUGGCCUCGGUGACCGUCGGGAUGCCCCGCGUCGAUGAUGACCUGCUGGCCGCCGAAGUGAGGAUACAGCUGGAUGACAACCCGCCUUUCGAUACGCUGCCAGAGAGCCACUUGGUUCAGAACGAGGUGGAGGUCGACGGCGUCCCCUUCGACGUGUUUUCGACCACUCCCGAGGAGCCUGAGCAGGAGAUUCACCAGCUGUUGGACCAUAUCCUUGAGGACUUGUCCGAGGAGGAGGUGGUAGAGAUGCUGGAGCGGGAGCAGGACGAGGAGACGGUGCUUGCCAUGGCCGAGGCCGUGGAGCGGCGGCUGCGGCGUUCGGCCUACAGCUGCGGCGGUCCACAGGGCAACAGGCCCUACUGCCAGUUCCUGCGCCAGCAUCGCGACCGGCUCUCCUUCCAUUCGCUCUUCGGGACUGGAUCUGGAUCGUCGGAGUCGUCCCAGUCUUCGGGCACGUUUGUCUCUGGGGGGUCUUCUACCUCCUUCCGGUCUUCCAGCUCCUCCAGAUCCUCUGAAUCUUCCGGGUCCUCUGGAUCUUCCGGGUCCUCUGGAUCCUCUGGAUCCUCUGGAUCCUCUGCGUCUUCCAGUUCCUCUGGAUCCUCUGGGUCUUCCAGUUCCUCUGGAUCCUCUGGGUCUUCCAGUUCCUCUGGAUCCUCCGGAGGCGGACAGGUGGGGGUGCGUGGCACGUUCCCGAGGGAGUCUCACGACAGGUGCCUGCCACCCGUGACGCACGUUGUACGAGAGGCAGUAGAGUACCUGCCGAGCACCGUCUACAACACCCAGCACCUGAUCCUGCCCAGCACGCGCGUGCUGACAAUGGUGGAGACCGAGCUGUACCCCCAGCCGGUGUACGUCACGG